AUGACAACCAAAAGGAAAAUUAUCGGCCGCUUGGUGCCCUGCCGGUGUUUUCGUGGUGAAGAAGAAAUCGUCUCAGUGUUAGAUUACUCUCACUGUGGCCUACAGCAGGUGCCAAAGGAGGUUUUUAACUUUGAACGGACAUUAGAGGAGCUUUACCUAGAUGCCAAUCAAAUUGAAGAGCUACCUAAGCAACUGUUCAACUGUCAAGCUUUACGCAAACUGAGUAUACCAGACAAUGACCUUUCAAGUCUGCCAACCACUAUUGCUAGCUUAGUUAAUCUCAAAGAACUUGAUAUCAGUAAAAAUGGAAUUCAAGAUUUUCCAGAAAAUAUUAAAUGUUGUAAGUGUUUAACAAUUAUUGAAGCGAGUGUCAAUCCACUCUCUAAGCUGCCAGAUGGCUUCACACAACUUCUAAAUUUGACCCAGCUCUAUCUAAAUGAUGCCUUUUUGGAGUUUCUUCCAGCUAACUUUGGAAGACUUGUCAAAUUGCGAAUUUUGGAGUUAAGAGAAAAUCACUUGAAAACUCUACCAAAGUCAAUGCACAAACUGACUCAACUGGAGAGACUUGAUCUGGGCAAUAAUGAAUUCUCUGAACUGCCUGAGGUUCUUGAACAAAUACAGAAUCUAAAGGAGUUGUGGAUGGACAAUAAUUCUUUGCAAAUACUACCUGGGUCUAUAGGGAAGUUAAAACAGCUCGUGUACCUGGAUGUGUCAAAAAACAGGAUAGAAACUGUUGAUUUGGACAUAUCGGGAUGUGAAGGACUGGAAGAUCUCCUGUUGUCCUCCAAUAUGUUGCAGCAACUGCCAGACUCCAUAGGACUGUUGAAAAGGCUUACAACUUUAAAAGUAGAUGACAAUCAGCUUACAAUUCUGCCAAAUGCAAUUGGAAAUUUAUCUUUGUUAGAAGAAUUUGACUGCAGCUGUAAUGAGUUGGAGUCCUUACCUUCUACCAUUGGCUACCUUCAUAACCUGAGGACGUUGGCUGUGGAUGAGAAUUUCCUUCCUGAACUGCCCAGAGAAAUUGGAAGUUGUAAAAACGUAACAGUGAUGUCUCUGCGCUCUAACAAACUAGAAUUUCUUCCUGAUGAAAUUGGUCAGAUGCAGAAGCUGAGAGUGUUAAAUCUGAGCGAUAACAG